AUGAGCAAAAGUCUUAACGUAGCAACCGAGUCACUACAAUUUACUAGCGAUAAAUAUGAUGAAUUGAUUAAAAGAAUGAAAGAGUCUGAACGACAAAGAACCUUGAUUAUGAAAGAAAAUAGCGAACUGAAAGCAGAAUUAACUAAAGUGAGUACAGUAAUUGCAGCUCUACACCAUAUGGUCAACGAACAAGAACAAUAUGGCCGAAGAGACUGUCUGGAGUUUAGAGGUAUACCAGUGAGUAAUUCUUAUACUCCAGAGCAGACCGAUGAAAUUGUGAUAAAGAUAAGCGAAGCAGUCGGGGUAAAGAUUCAGAAGGAGGACAUUUCGAUAAGUCAUCGUCUUCCAGCACGAAGGCCGACUUUUGCACGAGCAUUGUCUUCAUCGCCGCCGCCCAUAAUUGCAAAAUUCACAAGACGAAAUGUACGAGACAAAAUCUACAGUGCACGCAAGAACCUCCGUAAUAUCUCAACGAGUCAAUUUGGCUUUGAAUCGCAAAACAAGAUAUUCAUUGUAGAAAGUCUUACUAAGCAAAAUAAACUUUUGUUUAAUAAAUGCUUAGAAGCGAAGCAAGUAAACAAUUUCAAGUUUGUAUGA